AUUAUUUUUAAUCCAAACGCGGUCACACUACUGACAAGUUUUUUUUAUAAUAGCUCUAGAAAUACAAUAUUUAUAAAUAUAUUUAUUGUAUGUAAUCCAUUAUAAAAAAUUACCGUUAAAAUGCGUUGUUUUCGAGUAUCUCUCUUCAGUCGCAAACCUGUUCGGGACCUAUUCUAAACGCCAAGUGAAAAAUGUAAUUGUUUUAAAAUAUAUGUACUUGGAAAAUCAAGGUGCUUUUGUGUUCAUAUUUGCUUGUGUUUCCUGCCUACGAAUGGAGCAAGACACACAUUGGUAUGUACCGACACGAAUACUGCUGUAAACCAAUAAUCGUAUUCGUAAGGCGUAGCUAUCUUGAAACAGAGCGGGUGCUUUGACAAGCGUUAUUGGAGAACUAAACAUCGAAAAGACAAAUUGCUGGCGGAAUGCAAGACACGCUUAAGGAGCUUCGUGUUAGCUUUGCCUGGACCCAGUCAAAGUCGCAGAUUCAAAACAGCAGUAUGCUGGGUCGUAAGAGACGCCUAACUUCUGGCCAAGAGCUUGCCGACCCGCAGCCACCUCUUUUAUUAGCUCUCCCGAAUUCCGAUUGCAGCACGCAGUAUCAGCCCAAGGAGCAACGCAGAGUGCAGCUCUACUCCGGAAGUCCAUUGAACAUCAAGUUGUUCGUGCCAGCGGGUAUUGAGAGUGUGCCAAGUGCUCGGAGCAAGUCACUGAACACGGCGAAAAACCAACAACCAGCAAUGCAUCGAAAGUCCAAGAGCAAAAGCAAGCUCCCGUCCGUCUGCAGCCCUUCGCCUUGUCAGUCGUCAAGUGAAAAGGAAACUGAUCCUUCCGCGAAGCAUUCAGCGGCCCUGGAGGAAUCGGUUGAAACUUGUGAGGGAGCUUCUGUGGGGAUAGGAGUCAAGAAGUCGCUGCGCUCUCCUGAUAUAAAAAACACUGGAAGAAUCCAGCGAAAUCGCGGCAACAGGACUAGAAACCGAAACCGCUCGUUGUCUGCGUCCCCGCCGUCUGCAGCGGUGAGGUGCAAAAUGAUGAUUCCGUUCCCAACAUUUGGUGCCACAUCCUUAGUUACUUUGCUCACUUUAAUUUGUAUGGAAACGGUCCUGCUGUCAACCAUGUCCAGCUGCGCCAAAACGUUCUACAUGCAUUGGAAUACAUCGAACAGCAUAUUUCGGAUUGAUAACACCGACCAUAUAAUCGAUGUUAAUAAGGGCAAUCUUGCUUUUGAGUUCGAUCAGGUGCAUAUAAUAUGCCCAGUAUAUGAGCCAGGGACUUUUGAAAACGAAACUGAGAAAUAUAUAAUUUACAAUGUGUCUAAAGUGGAGUAUGAAACAUGUCGCAUAACGAAUGCAGAUCCGCGAGUAAUAGCUAUAUGUGAUAAACCUCAGAAAUUAAUGUUUUUUACAAUAACUUUCCGGCCAUUUACACCGCAGCCAGGUGGUCUGGAGUUCCUACCUGGAAAUGAUUAUUACUUCAUUUCGACUUCAUCCAAGGAUGAUCUGUAUCGGCGAAUAGGGGGUCGAUGCUCUACAAACAACAUGAAAGUAGUCUUCAAAGUGUGUUGUGCCGCCGAGGAAAAGAACAAAACAACACCGAUAAACAAAUCCAUCUCAGGCGCAGACCCUGGGGGAGCCAUUAGUGUUAAUAUAGCAGCCAACGAUGACAGUCACGUCCACGGACAAGGCAACACCAUCGCCAUUGGAACUAAUAUUGGAAUAAGUGGAGGUCUGAUACCAGGAGGUCCACAGUCCGCAGGGGUGCCGAUAAAUCCGCUCCACGGCAAUAGCAAUGUAAACGGCAUAGCAACUACUAUUAAUUCAAACAUCGACCAGUUCAACCGGAUACCGAUUCAACCAAAUAUAAUUGGCAACAAUGUGGGAAACAACGCCGUUGGACCUGGAAUGGUUGGCGGUGGUGGAAUAAUAUUAACUCCUGGCCAUGGUCACGGCAACAUUAAUAUGCUGCAACCCGGGCGAGGUGGCAUAAACGUGGCUUACCCCGGACAUCACCACAUCCAAACUGGGAUCCGGAUAAACAAUGUGCCGACGCAACACAGCUAUCCACCUCACAAGGGUAAUAUCAACGGCAAUACCAACGGAAAUGAUGACCAUCACCAUUACAACAAACAUCCCAACGAGGUUGUAAAGAACGAAGAACUAACAUACAAUAGUGGCGCAGCGCCUGCAGAUAAGCACAUUUUCGCUUUGUGGAUCUGGCUCAUGUCGCUUUUCUCAGUGACAUCAAUUGAACCUUGCUGUUUGUCUGUGUAUUGGAUCAACCCAUCUUUGGUACUAAGCAUUGUUGCAAUCCUCGUGAUUCACUAUCUAGUUGAAAGUGCGCUGCAAAGCACGUUGCAGCCGUAUAGACCUAGAAUGGUAGUUCUCAGUCCAAGUAUGAGCGUGGACUUGUUUGGCCCCAUAGCCGCCACCAUCGGAUAUGAUCGGUGAAUUUGUAGUGAACAAAGAAUUUUGUGUUUUCUUGUUCAGCAUUUAUAUUUUAAGAAUACCAAUAUCACUCAACAUCUUUUGUCACUCUUCUCCAACUAUGUUAAUAUUAAUAGUGAUAAAAGGGAGUGAAUGGGAAAGGUUGGAAUCACAUGAUAUGCUUACUGAUAUUGAUUUGGAAAUGUAAUUGCAAUUGAUCGAGUCACUUUGACUCAAAAUUAAUAUAAUAGAUCAGAUAGAAAGGAGAAAGGUGAAAUAGAAUUAAUAAGUAAACAAAUUAAAUAUAUCAAGUACAUUAACAGUUAGCUAUAGUGCUCUAGAUAUAACUGUUACCGCUUAAGCAGAGGAGGACAGCAGAAUGCAGACAAAGGGUCAGGUAUACAAAGCGCUACCAGUUUAGCUAAAUGCAUAUACCACCAUCAAGUGCCUAGCCACUAAGUCUGCUGUCCUCCCUAUAAUUGUGUCCUUUUGGUUUUUUGAAAUCACUACUUGGCGUGUGUGCGCAAAAUACAUUCGCAGAAAUGAUAGGGCAAUGUAGCGAUUAUCAGAUCUUUGCAGCUAAGGCUCUAGCUGACUGAGUGACUGCCAGUUAAAUUAUCAUUCCGACAUUCUCUUGUAUUAUCUAGGCACAUACUGAAUGUAAUGUCCAAAUAAUUAGUAAAAAUGUACUAAAGCAAAGAGAUUCGCAUGCCUUCGGAAUGGCUAAAGUGGAUUAGAAUUUGCCGUAUCACUGGAAAUCUAAAGUCCCAAAAAUGUGUGAGAAACCACAUACACAUGCUUAAUCUUAUUGAAUCCUUGUGCAAGCACCUGUACGAAGGGUAUUUCGACUGAAAUUAAAAACAAGCGCUUAUUAAGAAAGCACGAAUAAAAUUAAAUAUAAGUCAUUUAAAUACAGUAUGCUGCAGAUUGAGGAUGACUACGCAUAUGUAAAUGUAAUCGCAUAAGAUCAAAUGAAACUUAUGUAUGUGUGUUUGGUAUGCAUUGAUGUAUAUUUAAAAUCGUGGUAGGUAUUUUGAAUAUGGUAAAGGUGAAAUUCAAAGAACUCAACUAUAAGUUUUAUGUUCUUUUCUUUUUUGUUUUGUUUUUAUUUAAUUUUUUCCUUCGAAAUAAUACAAUUUUAUUUUGUAAAUGAACCAAGCAGUAUAGAGAAGUGAUUCUUAACAUUAAAUAAAAUAUAUAUGUAUAUACAUACAUCAUACACAUACUAACAUAUAUACAAGAAAUGUUUAGGUGAAACGUUAUAAACUCUGUAAAUUUAAUAUAACUUAACUUAAAUUAAAAUUAAUAAAAAUGGGGAUGGUAAAAAGAAGGUCAAAUAUAAAAGAAAUAUAUUGAGGCAUCUUGUGCUACCUUCGUGUGAAAAUAAAAAGGUUACAAUUUGUAUUCAUAGUCUAUAUAUAGUGAAUAAUUCAAUGCAUUAGAGCGUGAUUACAUAAGCGUGUCUAUAAUUUUGUCCGACAAACAUGUGUUGAAACUGUAGGUAUUGCAAAAUUUGCCGCAGCGAGUUAACUAUUUACAAAUUAUUAUAUUAAUUAAAGACAGACAGCAAACAGACUGCAUCCCAUGUUUCAUCGUUGGAAUGUAAUUUAAAAUCUUAGUUUUGCAUCGAAUUAAUUCAAAUAUAACACGUUUAUUGUGCAUUUAGUGUAAGCUUCUUCAUGUUUUUCGUGUUUUGUAUUAUUUUCCAUAAAUCUGUGCUACUAUCUACUGCAAUACAGCCUUAAAAACUUGAAUUCAUUACAUUUUUUGAUUAUUCGAACUUUACGCGAAUUGCAUUCGUAUACUGCCACAGCAAACCUGAACACUAAACCGAAUUUAUUACGAUCCAACGGUAUCAACCGAAAUCUCUAGAUUCAGUCCCAUUCUAUGAGUGAACACGAACCCCUUAAAAUAUGCAUUGCUCUACUUAGGCCUGUAUCCAACCAUUGCUGUUGAGGUAAUAAUGGCUUAUAGAGCUACAAAAUGUUUGAUAUUUUGUAACAUUGCAAGCCAUUUUUAGCUUGACAUGAAAACAUGAAUGCGGACCGUACUGUUACUUAAUCAAAUACUUAAUAUCAUACUUACAACCAACAUUACAUACUGCAUACAAACAUACAUAGAAUCAUACAAUAGAACCGUAACUAACUACAUAAUAAGACAAGAGUCAAAAUAAUAUAAAGAAUCGUUAGGAUAACACAUAUUCAUACAGCACACAUUACAUACAUACAGUUUUAUAUGCGAGCAACUCUCUAUUAUUGACUCACGAAAAUAACCUAUUUUUAACUAGCAUUCGGCCGCGUUGUCUGCGAUAGUGAACAUAGUAGAGAUGUUUACGAAGUUCGAACCAAUUCACCUAUUUUUAUUUCCGUCCUGGACAAUGUUUCAUUUUUCACACAAAAAUCAUAAUCAUGAAAGCAUUUUGCAAACAUUCUCAGAUCGUUUUAUUUAAAACUCUUUGUUUAAGUGCACUCUGAUAAAGUUUUUUGUAAACGGUGCUGGAGCAAAAAAUUGUCUGGUAUAUUAUUGAUUGUUUUAUUAUUUUAUAGUUAUUAUGUGAACCUAACGGAAAGAGUCUUUGUUUGACUCUAAUAAAAUUUACCCAAAAGAAUGUAAUUAUAACAAAAAUUUGAAUUGAAUCCUAUUGGAUAUAGGUGGACGCCGCUAAAUACUGUUUACAAAAAACAUUACAUCUAAAUUCUUGUUUGAUUUCUUAGAAUACAUCGACGAUGCACAAAAUAACUGUAAACAUAACGAUAGGAAACUUUUAAAUUGCAAAACACAAGGCCGAUCGAUCAUUUAUAUGAUUUGACAUGAUUGAACUCAGCAAAUUAUUACACUAGUAAGCAUUUGUAUUUGUAUGUUACCGGAGAGAAGAGUAUAAUGUAGUUUUUAAUAGUAGCUCAGCAUAUUUAUAUCGACUUAUACUGUUUAAGGAGUAACAUAAGCAAGUACGUACGACAAAAACUAUGUAUGAGCAUAACAGAUAGCCAAGCAGCAAGUAAUAACGGAGAUGUGAAAUGCAGAUGAUAAAAUGUAUUAAUAAAAAUAAAAGAAUUUUGAAUUUA